CUGUGAUAUAUAACCGUUCCGCCAUUUCAAAAACUACGUGGAGUGUUGCCAACAACCUGUUAUCAGUUUGGUCGUUGUAUGGCUUGGAGCAAAAUGGGGCUCUGUGUUAUCAACGCUUUAGUCUUGAUGAUGACUUUCAUACCUCGAGGUGGACUCGCUGAAAUACAGCUUAGUCCAAGUGAUGUUGUCUUGGAUGGGGGUGCUUCUGGUCGUCAGGUUGUUAUUUCUUGUCGACUUCCCAGUAGCCAAACUGCCAGUGUAUCUCUGAUACGUAUUACACGUAACACAACCUCACCACCCCUCACAGAGCAGAGCUUGGCUGUGGCAAAUGUUCUAAGUACAACAAAUCAAGGAAAGGCAGUUUUAUCUAGUGGUGGUCUAACAGCAGCAACAGCUACAGUUACAGGUAGUACAGCUGAAAAGUCAGUCACGCUGACAAUGACACAAGCUAACUGUCAAGAUAAGUGGCCCGGUGGCGCAACGGUUAGCGCUGUUAGCGCCUGUCACCAAUACAGUGAAGGUUGGCUGCCCUGAGUUCAUUUCUCGUCUCGGGCAUGCUGUUCUU